UAUUAAACCUAUUCCGCUUUGCUAGUUAAAUUAAAUGAAAAUACAUGCUACUUAUUACAUGUGUAUUAGCUAUGUAACAAAAAGGUGGAAGUACUUUCGCUUAUAUUAUCGGAUAUGGUCGUCUCUAUCUCUUAUAUGUCAGGUACAAGUAGAUGAACAAAGAUGGGUAGUUACUUCCAUUCAGAAAAUUAUUUGGAGAAUUCGCCGUCUCCUAAGAAAGUAAACUGGUCUUCUACUUCCUAAUCAAUUCCCUGAUUGUCGGCCGUAUAUAAGUGCUCUUUUAACAAAUACUUUCAUCAGUCCUGAUUCGUUCAACGUGUGUUUACUAAAAUGGUGUUCUGGGCCUUUGCACUUCCGCUUUUCUUCCUUUCCCAAACUCUGGCAAUUCCUGGGUUUUCCAGCCAUGGCCCAACUAGGCUCGUAGGAGUGCCCGACAUAAAAGAUUACGACAAAUUGGUGUAUCCUAAACAAGAUAUCCAGGACGGUGGUAGUUUUUCUCACGCCGAUCUUACCAAAAUUGUUAGAGUGUCUGAUAAAGCAAUAAUUACUCAACCAAAACCGUACCCCGUUCACGUGCCCUUCAAGGUUCCUUAUCCUGUCAGCGUUCCUAAGCCUUUCCCGGUCCACGUUCCCCACUUUGUAAAAGUACCUCACCCAGUUCCCGUGGAAGUUAUAAAAAAGGUUCCAGUUCCCGUUGAAGUUCCGAAACCAUAUCCAGUUCCCCAUGACGAGUACCAAGGUGGUCAAGGACACGGAGAUUGGUCAUCUAGUGGCUAUUCUGGGGGAAUUGGAGGCGGUGAUUAUAAGCAAUUAUCGCAAGACGAUAAUGGCCAGUAUAAUAACGACGCGUAUUCAGCUGGACAGUAUCAAGGAGUAAGUGGUUACGGAAAUUCUGGUUUGGAACACGCUGACGGAGACAAUUCCGCUGACUAUGCUGCCGUUGAACAACAACAGGUGCAACAUGUUGAAGCCAGCCAAGACGUAGAACAAAGCGAAGCAGCUGAACAAGCCUUUGCACUUCCGCUUUUCUUCCUUUCCCAAACUCUGGCAAUUCCUGGGUUUUCCAGCCAUGGCCCAACUAGGCUCGUAGGAGUGCCCGACAUAAAAGAUUACGACAAAUUGGUGUAUCCUAAACAAGAUAUCCAGGACGGUGGUAGUUUUUCUCACGCCGAUCUUACCAAAAUUGUUAGAGUGUCUGAUAAAGCAAUAAUUACUCAACCAAAACCGUACCCCGUUCACGUGCCCUUCAAGGUUCCUUAUCCUGUCAGCGUUCCUAAGCCUUUCCCGGUCCACGUUCCCCACUUUGUAAAAGUACCUCACCCAGUUCCCGUGGAAGUUAUAAAAAAGGUUCCAGUUCCCGUUGAAGUUCCGAAACCAUAUCCAGUUCCCCAUGACGAGUACCAAGGUGGUCAAGGACACGGAGAUUGGUCAUCUAGUGGCUAUUCUGGGGGAAUUGGAGGCGGUGAUUAUAAGCAAUUAUCGCAAGACGAUAAUGGCCAGUAUAAUAACGACGCGUAUUCAGCUGGACAGUAUCAAGGAGUAAGUGGUUACGGAAAUUCUGGUUUGGAACACGCUGACGGAGACAAUUCCGCUGACUAUGCUGCCGUUGAACAACAACAGGUGCAACAUGUUGAAGCCAGCCAAGACGUAGAACAAAGCGAAGCAGCUGAACAACAUUAAAUUUUUGAUUAAUGUAGACGAAUGAUUG